AUGUGGGUCAGAGCUCAAUAUGAGAACAUGUAUCUAUUUCUUUAUAAAGAUGAGCAAUGCCACCUGACCACACUAGACAGUGAAAUCUCGCUAACCCAGCAGACAGAAGGGGUGAAAGAAAUGUGCCGAAAGCUGGCUCAGAUGUGUCGUAAGCCUGACGUGGAGCUGCUCCAGGACUUAGGAGAUGUGUUUCAAAGGACUGAAUUGGUACUAAUGCCAAAGUCCCAGCCAGUGAAAACAGACCUCAUUUCACGGGAUGGCCCACUCCCUGUGAGCCUUCCUGAGGACGACGGGAGAAUAUUUGGAGCUGACCGUCACACAGUCAGCAUUACUAAGAGAUGGACGUGGCCAGCCCACUCCAAACGGAUUCUCUGUAAAGAUGCAGGUAUGAGUGACACUGACAACAUUUUUGAUGCCAACAAAAUAUUUUUUCUCUUUUCACUGAAAAAGAACAAGCAAUAUAUCCUAUUCACCAAAAAGUACCCUGUGGGUAGAGUUGGGGUGUUUCUGGACUAUGAUUGCGGAGCUGUGAGCUUCUAUGACUUUCACCACAGUUUUCCCAUACACUCUGUUUCCUACGAGCCAUUCUCAGUUUUGCUGGCUUUUGGCCAAGAGCCACUCUUUGUUUAUGGAAACCAGUCUUAG